GAGGAGCGGGGCCAGGGGCUGCUAAUGGCGGAGCGAGUGUUGUUCCGGCGUGGGACCGGCCAGAGCGAUGCCUCGGACUUGUGGGACGAUACGGCUCUCGUCAAGGCGUACGACAAGGCGGUGGCCUCCUUCAAGAACGCUUUAAAGAAUGGAGAGUGUUCGGAGGCUUCAGACAAGCAGGAGCAACGCCUGGGAAUGAAGAGAAAAAACAAUAAAAAGAACAGAAAUCGGAAGAAGAGCAACACAGUCCCUCUCAAACAGUGGAAAGUCGGCGACAGCUGCAGUGCUGUUUGGUCCGAAGAUGGCAACGUGUAUUUGGCAACUAUCUCCUCCAUCAACCAGAAGCGAGGCACAUGUGUUAUUACUUACACGGGAUAUGGAAAUGAAGAGGAGCAGAACCUGGCUGAUCUACUUCCUCCAACCAGCAACGAAAGAGUAGAUGGGAUGGUGAAUUGUGGGGAGAAUGAAAAUGAUACUCCAUGCUCAACAGAUGAAAGUGAAAAGUCUUCGCAGUCCUCUCGAAACAAAAACAGCUGCACAAAAGGAAGGUCCUCUCCUCAAAACCUAAAAUUUUCAACACCACUGGGAGCCCCAGAACUGGGAAGGGCUGGAUCCAAAUGCCGGACAUCUCCAUUGUUUCCACCUGCCUGGCCUCCAGCCUUCCCAGCAAUGCCACCAUUGAUUCCUCCUCCACCACUCUUCAUGAGUCCAGAUACUCUUGAGGACGAAGAAGCCCUGGGAAGCAUGUUGAUUGCUUGGUACAUGAGCGGUUACCACACUGGGUAUUACCUGGGUUUGAAACAAAGCCGCAUGGAAGCAGCGAUGGAGAGAGCGGCAGAUGCAAAGUAACUGAAUAUCCAUCUUUGGUUUGAAGGAUUGUUAAUUACUGCAGUUUUGUGCUAAAUGAAGAUCCACAGGUUUGUUUGGAGGCUUUCAACAAGUGUAGCAUUCAGUGCAGAAGCUGUGAGCUUCAGGACUUCCCACAACGAUGACUCCAUCACAAUCACUUCUGGCCACUUCUGAUCCUGUUCACAGGAUAUUAGAGAUUGGAAGACACCCAAGGAGAUCAUUGAGUCCAACGACCUCCAUGUCCAAGCAGGACAAUGCUAUCUAAGACAGAUCACAGAGGAACACGUGCAGACAGGCCUCUAUUCCUUUGCUGUAAUUGUUUUUUUUUUAUUGGCCAGAAGGAAGCAAAGUGCUUUAUUGCUCUGAAAAGUCUCUACAACAGGAUCCAGAGCACACCUGAUCUGACCUGUGCUGAGUUACUUGAUUUGUUUCAUGAGCUGUUAAGAAAACACAAGGUGGCUCAGUGCAAUGUAGCUGUUCUAUCCAUGUGCACCUCUUGAGGAGCAGCUGCUGCUGGACAGGUUGGGGAGCAGCCUGUGUAGCUAAGCUUUGUUUUCAGGGCAAUAAACACUUGUUUGAUGUGGUUGAGCAGUUCUGUUCUCACUGCUUCAUUGCCUGUGCUUUUGGUUGGAAGUCAUCGUUUAGAGUUUUCCAGCAUAUUGUUCAGUCUCUUUUAGGGCAAAACUGUAUUCUCUUGGGGAUUUGUUUUUUUCUGAUACUUUGUGCAAUUGAGUAAUUCUUUGGUUUUUUGUAAAAAAAAAAAAAAAAGGCAACAAACUCUUGUAUACUAGUCUUUGCUUUUUUAAAGCCGGGUACCAAUUGUUCCCCCUGAGAUGCAUGUGUCACUUAUGCAUUGAUGGUGAAGAUAAGGCUUUAAGAGAGUUAACCUUCAAUAUUUUCUUAUCAUUGAACUUCCCCUACUAAUGAGCAACUUGAGACUACUAAUGACAUGUGCAUUGAAACCAGCUGUUCCCUGAGGACCUGUAGACAAUCUAGAAACCUCUGCAGCUAAUAAAAUAUAUUUUGACUCCCCUGAAACAGUUACCUUUUUUAACCAUGUGAUAAAGUUAAGUCUUACAAA